UAUCUUGCAUCAAAUUUUCAAAACCCAUUUCUGUUCUUGCGAUCUUUCUCUGUAGCAAAAGCUCAAUCAAUGGCUUCGUCAAUCUCAAUCGCUCUCAGAAGGGCAUCAUCGUCCCCAAGCCUCUUCUCCAAGCUGUUCAACCCUCUUCGCUCUGUUUCUGUAGCCCCCUCUGUUUCUCGCUCCUUCAACACCAAUGCCCAGAGGUCCAGCUACGACGACGAUGACCGCAGCGUUUCCGUCGACCGCUCCACCUCCGGCUCUCCCUAUCGCCGCCGUGACCCUAUAGAUGUAUUUGAUCCAUUUUAUGACGAGUCGCGGAGCAUUGCAAGAAGUCUGAACCAGGUGCCAAGAAGUCUGAGCCAGGUCCUCAACUUGAUGGACCAAUUCAUGGAGAAUCCAUACCUGGCUGCUUAUAGGGGCCUCGGCGCAGGUGGAUCAAGAAGAGGCUGGGACGUAAAGGAAACCGAGGACUCAUUGCUGCUGAGAAUGGACAUGCCGGGGUUGAACAAGGAGGAUGUGAAGAUCUCAGUGGAGCAGGGCACUCUGACUGUGAAAGGAGAAGGAAAGGACCCUGAGGGUGAGGAAGAUGGAGGGAGGAGGUUCUCUACCAGAUUGGAUCUGCCUGCUAAGAUUUAUGAGCUCAAUUCGAUCAAGGCUGAGAUGAAGAAUGGGGUUCUCAAGUUGGUGGUUCCUAAGGUGAAAGAGGAGGAGAAGAAGAAUGUGUUUGAGGUGAAGAUUGAAUAAAGAGUUGGUUGGGUUUGUCUUGUGAAAUCUUAGAGGUUUUUGAACAUUUUGAGUCUGUUUUAGUUUGAUAGUUUCCGAGUGGGGAUAGUGUAAGCUCUGCUUUUCGAUAAAUAAGUAGAUAUCUGAAUAAGAGUGGUGAGCAGAUUGCAACUUCAGUCAAAUGUUCAGUACAAUCUGGUCCUUUUGUGAAUUACAAAACAGUUGUAAAUCUGUCUCCGUUUCUCCUAAUUCAUUGAGUCGAUAGUUGCCUAGCAUUCAACGUCUUCUACUGCCAUUUUGAUU